AUGGCUUGGCAGGUGAGCCUGCCAGAGCUGGAGGACCGGCUUCAGUGUCCCAUCUGCCUGGAGGUCUUCAAGGAGACCCUGAUGCUACAGUGCGGCCACUCCUACUGCAAGGGCUGCCUGGUCUCCCUGUCCUGCCACCUGGACGCCGAGCUGCGCUGCCCCGUGUGCCGGCAGGCGGUGGACGGCAGCAGCUCCCCGCCCAACGUCUCCCUGGCCCGGGUGAUCGAAGCCCUGAGGCUCCCUGGGGACCCGGAGCCCAAGGUCUGCGUGCACCACCGGAACCCGCUCAGCCUCUUCUGCGAGAAGGACCAGGAGCUCAUCUGUGGCCUCUGCGGUCUGCUGGGCUCCCACCAACACCACCCGGUCACGCCCGCCUCCAGCUGCAUGAAGGAGGAGCUCGCAGCCCUCAUCUCUGAGCUGAAGCAGGAGCAGAAGGUGAUUGAGCUCAUCCCCAAACUGGUGAACAACUGGACCCGAAUCGUCAAUGAGUCGGAUGUCUUCAGCUGGGUGAUCCGCCGCGAGUUCCAGGAGCUGCACCACCUGGUGGACGAGGAGAAGGCCCGCUGCCUGGAGGGGAUAGGGGGUCACACCCGUGGCCUGGUGGCCUCCCUGGUCAUGCAGCUGGAGCAGGCCCAGGGAACCUGGGAGCGGCUGGCCCGAGCCGAGUGUGUGCUGGAACAGUUCGGCAAUGAGGACCACCACGAGUUCAUCCGGAAGUUCCACUCCAUGGCCUCCAGGUAA